UGUGGCGGCGGCGGCGGCAGCGGCACGCGAGCACGGGUUGAGCCCGCGGAGGGUUCUUUCUUUCUCCUCCGGGGUGGGCUGGAGACAAUCAGAGGGAGAGGGGGGAAAGGUAGGGAGGGUGGGGGGGAGGGGGGAGGAAGGAAAGAGAGAGGCGAGUUCCGGUUCCGGCGUCAGUUCGAGUUCCUGCAGCAGCUGCCGGAGCCGCGAUGCCCAAAGGAGGGAGAAAAGGAGGCCACAAAGGCCGAGCCAGGCAGUACACGAGCCCUGAAGAGAUCGAUGCCCAGCUUCAAGCUGAAAAACAGAAGGCAAGGGAAGAAGAAGAACAAAGUGAAGACCUUGGCGAUGGAGCAGCUGGUGACCCCAAAAAGGAAAAGAAAUCCUUAGAUUCAGAUGAAAGUGAUGAAGAUGAUGAUGACUACCAGCAAAAGCGCAAAGGAGUGGAAGGAUUAAUAGACAUAGAGAAUCCCAACCGAAUAGGCCAGACAACCAAAAAAGUCACUCAGCUGGAUCUGGAUGGGCCAAAGGAGCUGUCUAGAAGAGAACGAGAAGAAAUAGAAAAACAGAAAGCAAAAGAACGAUACAUGAAAAUGCAUUUAGCUGGUAAAACAGAACAAGCCAAAGCAGAUCUGGCCCGACUAGCCAUCAUUCGGAAACAGAGGGAAGAAGCAGCCAGAAAGAAGGAAGAAGAAAGGAAAGCAAAAGAUGAUGCAACUGUGUCAGGAAAACGAAUGCAGUCGCUCUCCCUGAAUAAAUAAACACAGUGCAUGUGGGAGGAGGAAAUGCCAGGGAACUGUGCCCAGGGCCUGCCAGGACCUCUGCCGUAUUGCAUCCCACACUGGUGCCACCUGGAGUGUACUGUGGCAUCCCCCUCCACCUGGUGGAGCCACAGACGGCGUGGAUCCUCUUCAUCUUGGCACAGAAUUCCAUUUUGGGGCAGGGGGGAUGGGCAGGGGAGGGGGGCAGCUGCUAUCUUUGGGGCAGAAAUAAUGCAGAAAAGCAUUUCUGUGUGUAACAGUUUGAAAAAUCUGGAUGUUUUCGCUGUUUUUAGGAUUCAGAACACAUAGCAGGGGGGAGGGGAUGUUGGGAUGGGGGAGGGUAGGAAAAGCUUCAACUUGUAGAUUACAUGGGGUAUGUCGGUUUGGGUGGGGUGGGGGUGACCCAUAGAAAGAUCCUAAUGAAAAUCCCCGGUCUGUAUUGACAGGGCACUCAUCUGCAUGUUUUCUCAUGAAAUCUCUGCAGUCUGAGUGUAGUAAUAAAUGUCUGGGAGCCCAUUCUCAUGUGUGUUCUUGGAGGGGUGGCCCUCAUUCAUUCCAUCCCUCUCUUCUGCUCUCUUCUUAGUUUUUCCCUCCCCUCUGACUAGGUCUAGUGUCCAUUUUUAACCCUAUCUUCCAUUUAAAGAAAAACCUUCAUUUAUUGGUAAAGGCCCAGGCAAAACAUAUUCAAGAAAUUAAACUUGUAUAUUUGGCUGAUUAAAA